ACAUGGAGAUGGAGGAUAUUGGUGAUAGGUAUUUCAAUGCAUUGUCAUCAUAUUCUUUAUUUCAAGAUGCUGAAAGAGAUUCUUAUGGGAGCAUUAUUGCUUGCAAAAUGCAUGAUUUAGUUCAUGAUCUUGCAAAAUUUGUUUCAAAGUCCCAAACUUUGAUUUUGGAAGAUGGCAGUGGAAGGAAUAUUCCUACAAACAUUCAACAUUUAAAUGUCAUUUCUGAUAAGGGUACGGCAACAACAAGAUUUGUGGAUGCCACUAAAAAAUUGCACACUUUGUUUUCACAAGUUGAUGUCUUUCACAGUAUGUCAAUGAAUUUGAGAAAGGUGCGGGUUCUUAGUUUUUGUGGUGCUAAUAUUGAUGAGUUGCCGGCUUUUUUGGGGAAAAUGAAGCAUUUAAGGUUCUUGGAUGUUUCAGGAACUAGAAUCAAAGAACUUCCUAGGUUCAUCACCAAGCUUUAUCAUUUGCAAACAUUUAGAUUUCUGUAUUGCUGGGAAAUCAACAGGCCUUUGGAAGGAAUAUGGGAUUUAGUCAAUUUGAGACACAUUUAUUUCAACCAGUGGAAUCUUAUGCCAGCAGGCAUUGGUAAACUAACUUGUCUGAAAACAUUACAAUUAUUUGUUGUAGCACAACAGAAGGGACAUCAAAUUGAAGAAUUGGGAUGUUUAAGCCAACUCAAGGGAAAAUUAGAGAUUCGUAAUUUGGAUAUGGUUAGAGACAAAGAAGAAGCCAUGGGAGCAAGACUUAUUGAAAAGGAUGCGAUUCAGGAGUUGCAAUUGGUAUUUGGUGAGGAAUACAAUGGUAGUGAAGAUAGAUGCAAACAUGAUGAAGAUAUCUUAGAAGGCCUCCAACGUCAUUCAAAUUUGAAAGGCCUUAUUGUUGAAAACUAUUGUGGAAAAAGUUGGCCUGCAUGGAUGUCAAAAAUAGAAAUUUCAAUGUUAGACAGGGUGAAUUUUCUCAAAAAUCUAGUGUUCAUGUCCCUUUAUCAAUGUCCCUGGUUGGAAAGAAUUCCAUCACUUUCACUCAAAAGUGAGGCAAAGGUGGAAAUUAAAAAUUGCAAGAAUUUGAAAAGCAUUGCAUGUUGGUUCCUUCAGAAACUCAUCAUUGUGGACUGUGAAGAACUGGUUGAGGUCGAGGUUGGCCCAGUUGCCAUGAAGUCUCUCAAAGAAGUAGAGAUAGGGGGUUGUGGUAAAUUGGAAAAUCUUCCGAUGAUUAGUAAAUUACAAUCCCUUGAGAAACUUGAACUUUGGCGUUGCUCAGAAUUGAGGAUGAUUGGGGACGAUGCUCGAUUUGCCUCCACGUGUCUGCAAGAGUUAAAUAUUGACGGAUGUGGUAGGUUGAUGUCCAUGCCCAGUUUACAUGGGCUUUCCUCUCUUCAAAAAAUUAAUAUAAGCCGGUGUAGUAGGGAAUUGAAAAGCAUAGGGAAGAGUUUAUCUACUGCCACGUGUCUUAAAGAGUUGACUAUAGGCGGCUGUACUGGUUUGACGUCCCUUCCGAGCCUCCAUGGGCUUUCCUCUCUUCAAAAAAUUCAUAUAUUCAACUGUGACGAUUUGAAAAGCAUAGAGGAGAGUUUAUCUACCGCCACGUGUUUCGAAGAGUUGAGCAUAGUAAUUUGUAAUGGCCUAACAUCCCUUCCGAGCCUCCACAGGCUUUCCUCUCUUCAAAAAAUUGUUGAUAUAUUCAGCUGUGGGACAUUGAAAAGCAUAGGGGAGAGUUCAUCUACCGCCACGUGUCUCAAAAGGUUGAGCAUAUCAGGUUGUAAAGGUCUAACAUCCCUUCCGAGCCUCCAUGGGUUUUCAUCUCUUCAGACUUUAUGGAUAAUGGGUUGUGGUGGAUUAAGAAGUUUGCUAAGUGGGUUGCCAUCAUGCACUGCUCUUGAGCAAUUGGCUAUCGCCAACUGUGAUAAUCUAAUCUCUAUUCCAGAUGAUUUGAGGAGGAGUUGGAGCAUUCCUAACCCUGCCUGGCUUGCUCGCUUGAAGAAGCUGACUAUUGGUGGUUUCUCAACAAAGCUCCAAGAAUUUCCAGAUCUGGGCUUCAUCGGAUCUCAUCUUGAAGAUUUGACUUUGAUUGCAUGGGGAGAACCAAGAGAACGUCUACUGGAUCAAAUUCAACACCUAACUGCCCUUACGUAUCUCCAAAUAAGGGAUUUUGAUGGACUGGAAGCUUUGCCAAAUUGGUUUGGAAACUUAUCCUCUCUUCAAACUCUGCGGAUUGACAACUGCAAAUCUUUGAAACAUAUGGAAGCCAUCCGAUGCCUCUCCAAAUUAGAGAGGCUUUUUAUUGAAAGAUGCCCAGAGUUAAAGGAAAGGUGCGCCAGUGGAAGUGGUUCUGAGUGGGACUACAUCUCUCACAUUCGAUUUAUUGAAAUAGACGACAGAUGGAUCCAAAUCAAUGGAAAUCCCAUUGAGGUAUCUUCAGCCUUUAACUAUAUAUAAUAGUAAAUCUUUUUUCUUUAAUUCCCUCUUCUGCCUGAUUGAUUUCAAUUAUGCAUUUACCUUCUUUCAAUCUUUUAGGUACUACUACUAAAUAUUUUUUAUUUUU